AUGAAGCACCUCGCAGCUUACCUCCUCCUCGGCCUCGCCGGCAACAACUCCCCUUCCGCCAAGGACAUCAAGAACGUCCUCUCUGCCGUUGGUAUUGAGGCCGAUGAUGACCGCUUGAAGGCUCUCCUCUCCGAGCUUGAGGGCAAGGACGUCUCCGAGCUCAUUGCUGCCGGUUCCGAGAAGCUCGCUUCCGUUCCCUCUGGCGGUGCUGGCGGUGCCGCCGCUGCUGGUGGCGCUGCUGCCGCCGGUGGUGCUGCCGCUGAUGCUCCCGCUGAGGAGAAGGAGGAGGAGAAGGAGGAGUCUGAUGAGGACAUGGGUUUCGGUCUCUUCGACUAA